AAAUAAAUUAUAUGUAAAUCUUUUUAAAUUAUUUAGACAUUUCAGUCAAUUAAGGGGAAUCAAAUGAAAAGAGGAAAAAGAUCAACACCUCAAAUAUCUGAAAAAGACGAUUCUACUUUAAAAAAAAAACCUAAAACGAUUGAUUUGACUUCUCUAACGCAGAAAAAGAAUGAAGACACUAAAAAAGUAUAUAGAGCUACAACACCUCCAAAUAUAGAUCCUUCCAUCAUAUCUUCAGUUAAUGUUGGUAAAGUAAUUUAUGGGGCUUUUGAAAUACAGGCUUGGUAUUAUUCACCGUAUCCUUUUGAGUUUGGCGAAUUUAUUGAGCGGCUUUAUAUAUGCGACACCUGUUUAAGAUAUAUGAAUAAGGAAGUGCAUUUAGCAAAUCAUAAGGCGCUAUGUAAAGCAAAGAAGCCACCAGGUAAAGUUAUUUAUGCCAACGAUCAAGUUAAGGUGUAUGAAAUAGAUGGACAUGAACACAAGUUUUAUUGUCAAAAUCUAUGCUUAUUAGCAAAAUUAUUCUUGGAUAAUAAGACGUUAUACUAUGAUACAGAUGGGUUUAAAUUCUAUGUCUUAACUGAACGUAACAUGAUAUAUAAAAGUGUAGACAGUAUGAUUGGCUAUUUUUCAAAGGAAAAAAUAUCUUAUGAUAACUAUAAUCUUGCUUGUAUCAUGACUUUACCUUCACAUCAACGAAGAGGUUAUGGAAGACUUUUGAUUGAACUAAGUUAUGAAUUAUCGAAGCGCGAAGGUAAAAUUGGAUCACCAGAAAAACCUUUAUCUCCUCUAGGCUAUUUAGGUUAUCAUUCAUAUUGGUCAUCUACUAUUGUCUCUGUUCUAUUAAAAUGUCGUGGUAACAUUACUAUUGAAGAGAUAUGUCGAGAAACAUAUAUCAGUGAAGAUGAUGUCAUCAAUACUCUUUUAAGUCUAAAAUUGCUUUGUUAUCGUAAAACAGUGGAUGGUCGGCAAGAUAUCUGCAUAACUGAAAAAUUAUUACAAGAUACUAUAAAAGAAUUCAAUAUAAAAAUAGUUCGUAAAAUAGAAUCAAAAGACAUUCGUUAGGAAUGAAUUAUUUGUUGUUAUAGUAAUAAAUUAAUAACUACCUUAUUAUUGAAUACUUCUUUUUCGGAAGGAGUUUCU